AUGCCCGGGAACGGUGUCGUCUCCGACGAGGAGACACCGCUUCUUCGGAACCGCAGCACCAAGCCGUCUGUGUCACGAUGGCGUAGGCAUCUGACAGCGGAUGUCUCGCGCAAGCAUGUCGAUGUCAUUCUGCUAUUAUGUUAUCUCAUCACAGGCCUGCUCGACAGCGCCUCCAUCUCGGUCUGGGGAUCCUUCGUCUCGAUGCAGACCGGAAACUCAGUCUAUUUCGGCCUGGGCCUCGCCUCCCCCUCGGAAUCAACCCGCUGGAUCAAAUCGGGCGUCUCCCUGCUCGCCUUCUGCGUCGGCUCCGUAGUCUUCAGCCGCUUCCACCGCUUCUUCUCCCCGAAACGGCGCUGGGUGCUAUGCACGUCCUUUAUCUUCCAAACAAUCUUGACGUCAGUCGCCGCAGCCAUUGUCACCUUCACCACCGCGACCGGAUCUCCCGCGGGGGCGACUGCAGGUGACCAGAAGACGACGACGAUCGGCUGGCACGUGCUGUUGCCGAUAGCCCUCGUCGCGUUCCAGGCCUGCGGCCAAGCGGUGGUCAGCCGGGCGCUGAGGUACAACGCGCUGACCAGCGUCGUGCUGACGAGUAUCUACUGUGACUUGUUCUCGGACGCCGACCUGUUUGCGCUGCGGAACGUGGAGCGCAACCAGAGGACGGCGGCGCCGCUGCUGCUGCUGCUGGGCGCGUUCCUGGGCGGGAAGUUUGCCCACUCUGUGCUGGGCGUUGCUGGGGCGCUGUGGACGGCCGCGGUGCUGAAGGCCAUGGUUGUGGUUGUCUGGAUUGUCUGGCCGAGUGACGGCGAGGCGCCGAGGGAGGGGAGAUAG